AUCUCUCACCCACAAAACUCUAGCUCCAUCUUCUCUUCACCCUUUUGUACUUGUUUAGUUCACAUUGAUUAGUACUAUAUAUCUAUCUUGAAUAUCCAUUUUUGCCGAAUAUGGAGCGAGAAAUGGUGAAUAGAAAGAAAUUAGGGAGUGAAACAAUGGAAUUAGGUGAUCAAGAGAAAUGGGUGCAUGAUUCCUCUGUGGAUCAUAGAGGAAGGCUACCUCUCCGAGCUUCAACUGGCGUUUGGAAAGCAGCCCUCUUUAUCAUUACUAUUGAGUUUAGUGAGAGGAUGAGUUUCUUUGGACUUUCAACAAAUCUCAUCACAUACCUCACCAAAGUCAUUCAUCAGGACCUCAAAACAGCAGCAAAGAAUGUAAAUUACUGGUCAGGAGUGACCACAAUGAUGCCUCUAAUCGGAGGGUUCCUAGCCGAUUCAUACACCGGGCGGUUUCCUAUGAUCCUGAUUUCAUCAGCCAUCUACCUCAUGGGUUUAGGCCUCCUAGUAAUGUCCCGGUUCAUCCCAAGCCUAAAGCCAUGUGACAGCGACACGUGCCAAAAUCCGAGCAAGGUUCAUGAAGUGAUCUUCUUCCUCGCAAUGUACCUUAUCUCAACGGCAACUGGAGGCUACAAGCCUUGCUUGGAGAGCUUUGGGGCUGACCAGUUCGACGAAGAUCACCCGGAGGAAAGGAAAAAGAAGAUGUCUUUUUUUAACUGGUGGAACUUUUCUCUUUGCUGUGGACUGCUGCUAGGUGUGACACUGGUUGUUUAUGUGCAAGACUAUGUCAGCUGGGGCGUUGCAGAUCUCAUUCUGGCAAUAUUUAUGACCGUUACAAUUAUAAUCUUCUAUUUCGGAAGGCCCUUUUUCCGAUACAGGAUGUCCCAAGGCAGCCCCUUGACACCCGUGUUGCAGGUUUUGGUUGCAGCCAUAAAAAAGAGAAAGCUGCCUUACCCUUCCAGCCCUUCUUUGUUAUAUGAAGUUCCCGCCAAAUCAAAGAGUUCUCAAGGAAGGCUCCUAUGUCACACAAAUAACCUCAGGUUUCUUGACAAAGCUGCAAUAAUUGAAGGGAAUGAGCUUCUAUCAGCAGAGAAGACAUCAGAUCCAUGGAGACUAACAACGGUGACAAGAGUGGAGGAAUUAAAACUCCUCCUGAACAUGGUCCCAAUAUGGUUAAGUUCCUUAGCCUUCGGGACCUGCGUGGCACAAACCCCGACAUUCUUCAUAAAACAGAGCAGUACAAUGGAUCGAAAGAUUGGCGACCAUUUCGAGAUCCCACCAGCUACCAUCUACACUCUCACAGCCGUUGGACUGAUCGUCGCGGUCACUAUCUAUGACCGGGUCCUAGUUCCAGCGCUUAGGAGAGCCACAGGCAACGAAAGAGGCAUUACCAUACUGCAGAGGAUUGGUUUUGGCAUGAUAUUUUCAAUCCUGGCCAUGACUGUCGCGGCAUUGGUAGAGAGAAAGAGGCUAAGCGUUGCAGAAAAAGAGGUCAUACAAGGAGGGGAAACAGGUUCUGUGUCCAUGAGUGUGUUUUGGCUAGCGCCCCAAUUCAUGCUUCUUGGUGUUGGGGAUGCAUUCACUCUCGUUGGCUUGCAAGAGUACUUCUAUGACCAAGUUCCCGACGCAAUGAGGAGCUUGGGCAUAGCUUUCUAUCUGAGUGUGAUGGGUGUUGGGAAUUUCUUGAGCAGUUUUCUGAUAACUUUGGUGAAUCAUAUCACUGAGAAGGCCAAUGGGAGUAGUUGGUUUGGGAAGGACUUGAACACAAGCCGUAUCGAUAAUUUCUACUGGUUGUUGGCAGCCAUGAAUGGGUUGAACAUCUGUGUUUUCGUGUUCUUGGCAAGAAGGUAUUCUUACAAGAAUGUCCAGGGAAGUGCUGCCAAUGCCGAUUCCCGGGUAGGUGAUGGGACGGAAUCCAUGGCUUGAUGAAAUUCAGUAACUUCAUUGCAGGGUUGCAAAAUCAAUGGAAGAGAGGUUUGUAGGAGAUGCAAAUGAGAGUAGUUAAAUCUGAUCUGGAUUAAGACGUUCACACACGUAAUGGGAACUACUAUAUUCAGUUUCCGUCUUUCUUGCUCUCGUCUUUCUUUUGUGACACUCCGGAUGCUCUUUUUUAAUCAUCCAAGAAUUUCAAUAAAAUUGAUUUUAGGGAAA